AUGACUGUCACCAUUCGACCCAUUGAGCAAUCUGAUAAAUCCCAGUAUUCAUCGCUAUUCGCAGCUUACCUGGUCUUUUACAAAGCUCAAUUGCCAGAGAAAAUCUUGGAAAAGACUUGGGAACGGUUUUUUGACGAUAAAGAGCCUGUCUAUGCCGCAGUAGCAUUCGACGAUGAGUCACCUGAAAAGCUAAUUGGCUUUGUGACAUAUGUUUUUCACAGAUCCACUUGGCAGUAUAACGAUGUGAUCUACCUACACGAUUUGUUUGUUGACCCAGAGGUCAGAUCUCGAGGUACUGGUCGGAAAUUGAUUGAAUACGUCUAUGGCGAGGCAGAUAAGCACGAGGUUGCCAAGGUCUAUUGGCAUACUCAGAUAUUCAAUCACAGAGCUCAAUUAUUGUAUACCAAGGUUGGUGUCCGUGAUGACUUUGUAUCAUACCAACGACCUGCAAAGAAAUAG